CUCGAACAUUCCUUCAUUUCGUUACCAAGGAGACAAUUUUGUUGUGUUUUGAUGUCCUUCCAACUUACCGAAUGCAAAGUUCAUCAACUUUUCACCUUUUAAAUUAAUUUUAUGUGUUAAUCCUCCUCAAAAAUGUACUCCGCAAAAUGCCGCCAGAAGCAACUCGCUGCUCAAAGCCUUUCAAACAUCGUCUCAGAAAACCGCAAAGUUGAAAAUUACCAACGAGACUUGUGGAAAAUCGAAGCUAACAGUGCUGAUCGUGCCAUGGCUCGUGUUCGGGUUCGUCAACAGCAACUUUUAGCGACAGAAAUGCAACAAAAGGAACGGGAAGAACGCGAACAGCAACAAAAACAGGAAUACGAGAAGCAAAAAGCGAUUUCCGAUGAACUUUAUGAACGAGAACGACAAAAAUUUUUAGACGAAAAGCUGAGACAACAAAUUCGCGAAUCAAACCAAGAAUUGCGUGAACUAGAGUCGCAGCUAAAAGCAGCUUAUGUCGCAAAAGGCCUCGCCGCGCAAUUAAGAGAACGAGAAGCUUUGGCGUUACAAGAAAAGUUGAACCUGCAAAACGAAAUGCGAGAAAUGGAAAAAGCUCGAAUUUCGAAUGAGCAAUUUUGGCAACAGGAACGCGAAAGAGACGCUGAAAAGAAACGAGAAUUGCAAAAGGCGCUUCAUGAGCAAAUAAUUAACUCGAGAUUGAAGCAUCAAGUCAUCUUCGAAGAAUUUUUGAAGGAAAAACGCUAUUUGGAUGAAAUUGUGAAACGAAUUCAGGACGAACAAAUGGAGGAAAUUCAACGAAAAAUGAUGCGAAAAGAGCGAACAAAGCAAGAAAUGGACGAAUUCCGUAAAGCGAAAGAGCGUUUCCAAGAACAACAACGCAUCGAAAUGGAAGAAGAGAACCAACGAAUUAUGAAAUAUUGCUUGGAACGUGAGGCGAAACUUGUUGAAGAAGCCAAAAUCAAAGAGAAACAAAAUCAAGAACGCGAAGCUUUGAAUGAACGAAUGGUUUCUUCAUUAAAUCAAAUGAUUGAAGAAGCCGACAAACGUGAACGCCUUCUCCAAGAAUUAUACGAAAUUGAAAAGGACGAACAAGAAGUCCUUCGUUUCCGCAAAGAAUUGGAAGAAAAAAUCCGAAUUCGCAUCGAAACACGUCUCGCACUCGAUAUGCAACGCGCCAACAACCAACUCAAAAAAGAUUCGGAAGCGGCGGAAGAACGUGCCUUCAUGGAAGACCAAAUGCGUCAUUUGGCAGAGAAAGAUAGACUUGAUCAACUUUCGAACGAGAACCGUAGACGAAAGCAAAUGGAGCAUCGACAAGCUGUGCGAGACUUGAUCGAAAAGCGCCGAGCUGAAAGAGUGCAAAAAAUGACGGAAAUGGUCAAGGAACAAGAAAUGCACGAAAUGGAAAAGGAACAUCGACAAAAAUUAGUCGAAGAAGAACGCAUCAAACUAUUAAAGGAACACGCAAAAGCUCUUUUAGGCUUUUUACCGAACGGAAUUUUGAAAGAACUGCAAAAUAACUAAACUUUUUCGACUGAAAUUAAAUGCAA